AUGAACCAAAAGGCCACAGCCACACUGCUAGAGCUUGCUGCAAAGUGUCUGCUGAGUAAUGAGCCUGCAGCUAUCCAUGCCCUGGGAGAACUCCCAAGAGACCUCUUUGUUCCACUGUUCAUUGCUGCCUUCUUGGGUAGGCAUAUGAAGGUACUAAAGGAAAUGGUGAGGGUUUGGCCCUUUCACUGUCUCCAUAUUGGGACAUUGAGUGCAGAAGAGACAUAUUAUGAAAUCUUGGAAGCCAUGGUUGAUGGUCUGCAAAUCCUCCCUGCUCAGAACUCUUCCACUUGGAAACCAAAACUGAGGAUCCUAGAUUUAAGGCAGGACCCAGACUGUGAGACAACAUGCUCAGAGGUCACAACAACAUUCCCUUUCUGUUUUCAAUCCUGUGUUUACUCUCAACACUCCAUCUUUAAAAUAGAAGAAGCCCAGCAUAAUGUCAGGUGCCUCAAAAUCAUUAAUUCAGAGUCUGAACUACACUCAGCCUGGGAACCCAUGGAAUUAUUAGUGGACCUUUCCAUCGGUGGUACCUUGAGAACUAAGCAAUUUCUUUCUUUCCUUCAGAGUAAAGUUGAACAGAGCUUUGGGAUCUUGCACCUCUGUUGCAGAGGUUUGCAAAUUGAUAAUAUAUCUGCCGACAAAAGUACCCUGAAGUUUCUGGAUGUGGGAUGCAUUGAUCACCUUGAAAUGGAUCAGGCUGAUCUGAAUGAGAUCACCAACCUUUUGUCUCAGAUGAUCCACCUGAACAGCCUUAGUCUGUCUAACAUCCCUCUUAAAUCUUGUAAGAGAAGAAAUUUCAGAAAUUUUCUCAUUUUUCUUGGGAAGCUGGGCAACCUGCAGGAGCUCAGUUUGUCUUCCUUCUGCCUCAAAAAUCAACUGCACAAACUUCUCAGAGUCCUGCCACCUCAGUUGGAUACAUUGUAUCUACCUUACUGUGAACUUUCUAACAGAGAUGUCACUGCCCUGUCCCAGAGCUUUCAAGCCACCCACCUAACGCUGUUGAAUCUCAGUAACAACCAGAUAUUCUCAGAAGGUUAUGAGCCCUUCCAGAUUCUGCUGGAGAAGGUCUCAGGCACCCUGAAGCUUUUGGAGUUAAAUCAUUGCCUGAUAACUGAUUCUACCCUCUCUGCUGUCCUCCCAGCCCUGAGCCACUGUUCCCACCUCCGUGUCCUUAGCUUUGUCUUCAACCCCAUUUCAAUGCCUAUGCUCAUGAGCCUUCUGCAGCACUUAACAUCCUUGAUGGAACUGAAGCAUGUGAUUUAUCCUGUCCCUGUUCAUUGCUAUGAACAAUGGGAUUUUCACAGCAGUUUGAACCAGCGGAAACUUGCAGAAGUGCAGGCCCAAUUGAAGGUGAUGCUACAGGCAGCUCAACGGGACGACAUGAACUGGACCACUUCUCAGUGA